UGUCUUUCAGUGGAAUCAAAAUGGCGUCUUGAGGGGCAAUUUUUGUGCAACCAAACUUUAACCCUUCAUUGCGGUUGUGAUACACGAAAAAGAAAACCACGUUUGAGUUCAGGAAAGUCUUUAUAAAUGUUAAUAUUUCACAACGUUCAGUUUUUAUCUCUUAUUUGUAAAGCAGCUUCACGCAAACAUCGACCGUCAAGUGCUUAGCAACAAACCUAUGAGACUGCAUAUAUAGCGGUCGCUAACCGGACGUGACGUGACGUUGCGUGUGCGUCAUUACGUCAAUUCCCAUGAUGAAACGCGGCGCGCGAGACUUCAGAUUUUAGGAUUGUUUCGUCGAUGUUGAGGACUGAAAAUGAGCAAAAAAGAAUCCGGAGCUGCAAACCUCAUCCUGUCUUAUCUGAAUGAGAAAAACAGACCGUACAGCGCUCAGGAUGUGUUUGGUAACCUGCAGAAGCAACACGGACUCGGAAAAACGGCGGUGGUGAAGGCCAUGGAGCAGCUGGCACAAGAUGGACGGAUCAGGGAGAAGGUCUACGGCAAGCAGAAGAUCUACUUUGCAGAUCAGUCUCAGUUUGCUGAUGUAAGCGACGCGGAUCUGAAGCAGAUGGACUGCCGCAUUUCGGAGCUCAGCAGCCAGGUGGAGGCGGUGACGCAGAGCUGCAGGCAACUCGACGCAGAGCUGAAGGAGCUGAACAGCUCGCUGACCACAGCAGAGAUGACGACGCAGAUUAGGGAGCUGAAGGCCGAGUGCGAAGGCUACAGAGCUCGACUGGACAAAAUCAAAUCGGCCACCGAUCACGUCACGCCCGAGGAGCGAGAGAAGGUGUACAAGGAGAGAAGCCUCUAUACGAAGGAGUGGAAGAAACGCAAGAGACUGGCCACCGAUAUGAUGGGAGCCAUUCUUGAGGGUUACCCGAAGAGCAAGAAGGAAUUUCUGGAGGAGGUUGGAGUUGAAACGGACGAGGAUCACAAAGUGACGGUUCCUAACGUCUGACGCCGUGGGCUGAGAAGAUCCCGGGGCGGUAACGCACGUGUCUACGACCGAGCGAGAGAGAGGAGAUACUCGAGCAUCACUACUCCAUAUUAUUUAUAAUGUAUGUAUGUAUGUAUGUAUGAGGGUGGGUGGAGGAAAAAUCGCACAGAACUGUAAAUAAGUUUCGACAUUAAACGUUUAUUUUCUGAUUACAAAAAUAUUCAGAGAGACAGAACAGUCUCUGGUUACGAUCAGCGGAGAUCUUAAGCACAGAGUGUCUGGGUCUGUGAGGCAUUGAGCUGCGAUUGCGUGGAGCUUCCACAAUAUGGCUAAAGACAGACAAGACAGAAAGAAUUCCCUUUUCUUCCAGCACAGCACUGAUUAAACAUCUUUUCAUCAAAAUAAAAGUCCUGAAUGCACAGAGAAGUCCGUUUUUCCUGAGAUUGAUCCAGGACUGGGCUUAAUCCUUUUAUGUAAAAUUUUUUU